AUGGACAAACUGCAGCCCGGGAACAUCAGCGCGCCUAAUGGCACCCUGAACAGACGCGCGUUUCUGGAGAAAGGCGCGUAUCAGCACCUGCAGCAGGGCGACCUGAAGGUGCUGGUGCCGGUCGGGUUCGGGGUCAUCUCCGUGCUGGGCUUCAUUGCAAACGCCACCGCGGUGGGAGUGCUGGUGGGCAACGCGCGCAAAAGCAAGCUGUCCCUGAUCAACGCGCUCAUCCUCAACCUCCUGAUGGCUGACGGGCUGCUGCUGGCUUUCGCCGUCCCGUUUAAAGCCACAGCGUACUCCUCCCGGCAAGGCUGGACUCUGGGUUUAGUCGUGUGCAAAACGUGCGACUGGUUCGUGCAUUCGUGCAUGGCUGCAAAGAGCCUCACAGUGGCCAUCAUGGCAAAGGCAUGCUACAGGUACGUGUGCAACCCGACCAAGCAAGUCGCGAUUCGAUUGAAGACCAUCAUGGUGGUGCUGCUCUUCACAUGGCUCUUGGCUUGCAUCCUCCCACUGCCCCAUUGGCUCUUCAUGUCGCUGCAAAAGGAGGACGGAGGAGUUCUGUGCAUGCUCGAGGUGCCACCAGAAGCCCGUGACUUCAUGUCCUUUUACGUCAAGGCGUACCCUCUGGUGUCCUUUUGCGCACCGCUGAGCUUUGCGCUGCUUUACUUCUGGCGCGCACAUGGUCGCUGCCAACGUCGCUGCAGCAAGACACAGAACCUGCGAGCACAGAUCCGGUCACGCAAGCUCACCCUGAUGCUGUUCGGGCUGACCAUGGCCAUGGCCACUAUGUGGUUGCCGCACUGGGUGGCAUGGGUGUGGAUGAGGCACGCGGCAGACACUGACGGCCCUGUGCCUCCUGUGCUCUUUGCCGUGGCUGCACAGUUCUUCAUGUUCGCCAUCUCGCUCGUCAACCCGCUCAUAGUGCUCGCGCUGUCCGAGGAGUUCCGCGAGGGCUAUAAGGGCCUGUGGCGGCGUCUCACGCUGCGCAAACACGCUCCCAAGCAGCAACCUAAACCCGGGCCGCACAUGCCCACUGCACCCAGGUCACCCACCCCGCGACCUGAGGCUUCCGCCCACAUUCCCCCAACGAAUCCCGAUGAAUCCCGGCCAGACAAGCAGCAGCAGCAGCUGGAAGAAAGUCCCGGUAAUACAGAUGGCAUGGUGCUGCCUGAUGUGGAGCAGUUCUGGCACGAGCGCGAAAGUGGCUCCAUGUCUCAGGAGAAUGACCCCAUACCCUGGGAGCAUCAGGACCCCAAAGAGGCCAAGCAGUAG